AUGGAUAAUGCAUUCCCAGGCGUAAAACACGUAACUUUAGAAUACAUCGAGCGUUUAAAGUCCAAUUUAGAAGCGAACACGCACUCUGGCGUCGCCAACAGAAUACAAAAGUUCGUCUCCGCGCAACAGUUCACAUCAAUCUUAAACCAUUGCACGGAAAUAAUAGAAAAAGAAAACACGUGCGUGUACUUACGACCGGAAAACCCGGAGGAAACGGUCGUCAACGUCGUUGGCGACACGCACGGACAGUUUCACGACGUUUUACAACUGUUAGAGUUGGCAGGGAAACCUUCCUCGAAGAAUAACUUUGUGUUCAACGGCGACUUCGUCGAUCGAGGCGCCUGGGGUUGCGAAACGCUCUUGACGUUUGUGUUAAUGAAAAUAUGUUUCCCGCAAGACGUGAUUUUAAUUCGUGGGAACCACGAGAGCGAGUUCUGCACGUCGUGUUACGGUUUCGAACGCGAGUUGAAGGUGAAGUUUGGCGACGCAAACGCUCUGCACCACAUUUAUCCCGCAUUCUUGAAAUUCUGCGCGGCGUUGCCCUUAGCGUGUAAAAUAGGAUCAUCGGCCUUAGUCUUGCACGGUGGACUCUUUCGUUCGCCGUCUCAAAAGAAAUCGGAAUCGAAAUUGAACCCCAAGUUGGGCACUUUGAAAGAGCUGAGCGCGGCGAGUAAAGGCGGUUUCGAUCCAUCUGGUGUCGGACGAACGUUAGUUGCCGGUGAUGUCAUGUGGUCGGACCCGUCUCAUUUGAACGGAUUGAAACCAAACGUGCAAAGGGGUAUAGGUGUCAUUUUCGGGCCGGAAGAAUCGAGAGCGUUCAUGAAGAAUGAAAAUUUAAAGUUGAUUAUUCGUUCGCACGAAGGUCCAGACGCUCGAGAAGAUAAACCGGAAAUGUCCUCCAUCCAAUCCGGUUUCUGCAUCGACCACGACUUAGGAGAAGAUGGUAAACUAGUUACUAUAUUUUCAGCUCCAGAUUACCCGCAGUUUCGAGAUUUCGGUGACACUAGACACAAUAACGAAGGCGCGUUCAUUCGUUUGAAAGGCGAAACGAAUUUUUGUAGCGUAGAAGACGUGUGUACAUUUUCAGCCACGCCUAGGCCUCCGGCGGAAUGCUAUUACGAUUUAGAUAUCGGCGGCAGCGACGUGGAAGGACCGUCGGACGGUUCGGGGGGUGGUUUAUCUAGCGCUGGCGAAGAAGAGUCGUCGGGCGACGGCGCGCAAACGGGAAAACUCUAA